CCCCUUUUGUAUGUGCUCCCCCCGUAAGAGGCGUAUGGCGAAUGUGGGCUUGGCGGCAGCGGUGGCAGCGGCGGCAGCGGCGGCGGUGGCAGUGGCAGUAGCUGCAGGCCGUGAGCGGGGCAGCAACGGCGGCGGCGGCGGCGGCGUCAGCGGCGGCAGUGGUGGCAGUGGUGGCAGUGGUGGCAGUGGUGGCAGCGGCGGCGGUGGCGGCGGUGGCGGCGGCGCCGGCGGCGGCGGCAGCGGUGGCAGUGGUGGCAGCGGCAGUGGUGGCGGCAGUGGCAGCAGCGGCAGUGGUGGCGGCAGCGGCGGCAGCGGCGGCAGCGGCGGCAGCGGCGGCAGCGGCGGCAGCGGCGGCAGUGGCGGCAGCGGCGGCAGUGGUGGCAGCGGCGGCAGCGGCGACAGCGGCGGCAGCGGCGGCGGCGGCGGCGGCAGCGAAGGCAGCGGCGGCAGAGGCACCAGCGGCGGUCUUCCACCUGCUAUCCUCGUUUCACCAUAAGACGGCUUUUUGGGCUGAGCCCCCCCAGCGCAGCGUUUCAGGGGAGGGGGGGCGAAGCCCCCCAGGAACACCCCUGUCCGUGGCUGGUUCGUUCGUGCGUCGGCAAAACAUAGCAUACUGGCGCAAACCGCGAGUGCUACGUAUUAAUAUGUGUUAAUGCCUAUUGCAUGUAAAUAGGUGGCAGG